AUGCAAAAUACAAUGCAAAUUCAGGAACUAUGUGAACCACCUAAAUACGUGUAUAAGAAAACGUCAUAUGCAGAAAUGUUGAAAAUAUUAGAAUCUUUACGUCAAGAUGAGAUGUUUUGUGAUAUUAAACUAAAAACAGAUAGUGGUGGAAUUAUAUCCGGCCAUAAAGUGAUACUAGCAUCGGCUUGUUCAUAUUUUCAGGCAAUGUUCACAAAUUUCGCAGAAAAGAAUCAAGAUAUUGUUGUUAUAAAACAUAUACAUCAUACUGCCCUACAGAUUUUAAUAGACUUUCUCUAUACAGGGGUAAUCACAGUCACAGAAAAUAAUGCAAGGGUUUUGUUAGAAGCAGCGAAUCUUUUGCAGAUACAAGAAGUUAAAGAUGCAUGUGUUGAAUUUUUACAGACACAACUGUGCCUUACAAAUUGUAUUGAUACAUAUGCGUUAGCUGAUUUACAUGACUGCACAGAAUUGAUUAGAAGAUCAGAAUUAUACAUUCAACAACACUUUUCACACGUGGUAGAAUUAGACGAAUUCCUAUCCAUAUCAUCGGAACAAAUGGUUAAGUUGAUCGCCAGUGAAGAACUUAUAGUUCUAUCUGAAAGAAAAGUAUUUGAAAGUGUUAUUCAAUGGGUAAAACAUGAUGUAAUAUCCAGAAAUUGUGUUUUGCCACAAUUAAUGGAACAUAUCCGUUUACCGUUAACAUCAAAAGACUACAUAUUGAAAAAAGUAUUAAAUGAACCUCUUAUUUAUAAUUGUCUUAAAUCUCAAGAGUACGCAAAUGAAGCAUUUGAUUUUCAAUUUCAUAAGUCAGAUGAGCUUGUCACCAUUCCAAAUAACAUUCGUACAAAACCUAGACAGCGUAGUGGUUCUCAUAAAGUAAUUUUAUUGGUUGGUGGAUUGGGGUUAAAUACUUUUACUACAGAAUUGUAUGACCCAAAAAUCAACCAAUGGCAGUAUGGACCGCAAAUGAUUACACAACGUAUUGGUGGUGGUCUAGCUGUCGUAAAAGAAAAUUUCGUGUUUUUUAUGGGUGGUUUUUGUCAUUCAAGAAAAACUCAUCGAUCUGUUUAUGUGCUAGAUUUUUCUUCAGAAUUACUUAGUUGGAAACCAUCCAUUGACAUGAUAGUUCCUCGACAACAUUUAGGUGUUGGUAUAAUAAAUAAUUAUAUCUAUGCCGUUGGCGGUGCUGAUGAGCAUUUCAGUCUAAAUAGUGCAGAAGUUUUUGACUGCAGUACUCAAGAAUGGUGUAUGAUAUCUAGUAUGUCUACUAGAAGAAAUUUAGUUGGGAUUGGAGUACUGAAUAAUCUUUUAUAUGCGGUAGGAGGUAAUGUUGGACAUGAUGUAUUAAACUCUGUUGAAUGUUAUCAUCCCUGUCUUGAUAAAUGGACACCAAUUGCAAAUAUGCAUAAAAGUCGCUGUGGUGUGGGGGUUGGAGUUUUAAAUGAUGUCCUGUAUGCUGUUGGCGGCUUUUCUGGAAAAGCAUAUUACAAGAGUGUCGAAGCAUACAGACCAAGUACAGGAGUUUGGACUACUAUUCCCUACAUGCAUGAGUUUCGGGGUUUUGCAGGAGUAGCUGUAUUAGAUGGUUUGUUGUAUGUUAUUGGUGGAAGUAACAGCACUUCUCAAUUGAAUUCUGCAGAAUUUUACAACCCCAAUACUAAUACCUGGACCAUGGUUACAGCAUCAAUGAAUAUUCCACGAGAUUAUCUAGGAGCAGUAGUCAUUGAUAAGCCAUAA